AUGUCAUUACCCCGCGGCGUCGGUCUCGGCGUUGACGUGGGCCAACUGAUGCAACACCAGCAACAGCAACAGCAACAUCAUGUGCUGCCGGCCGCGUUCUUCUUGCGCGCCAGUGCCGAGAGGUAUCAGCGGACCCCCAAGUGUGCGCGAUGUCGUAAUCACGGAGUUGUGUCCGCGCUCAAGGGACACAAGCGCUAUUGCCGAUGGCGAGAUUGCGUGUGUGCCAAGUGCACCCUUAUCGCCGAGAGGCAACGCGUCAUGGCUGCUCAGGUCGCGCUGAGGCGGCAACAGGCCCAGGAAGAGAGUGAGGCGCGCGAGUUGGGCCUGCAAUUGCAAUACAAUGCCGGCAGCUGCAAUACUGCCCCCGUUUUGCCGGCGAGCGCUGGUGCGACGCCAGCUGGUAGCCCGCCCCCGCACCCGGCGCACGUAGCAAGUCCGACGGGUCUCGCGAUACCCGCGGCCGCCGCGGCGGCCGCCGCUGCCGCUGCCGCGCAUAUCCAACUUCAGCAUCAGCCUGCGGAAUGUGGUCUUCUACCUACGAGGAAGAGAUCUACCCAAGAUGAAUAUCGGCAAUCCAAGGUCGAAAAGAGUGAUGCUGUUAUCGGCUUGAAGCGACCUAGAAUCUCUGAAAACACGACGAUCUUGUCGACUAGCGAUACAGGCAAUGAAGAUGAUCGUGAUUCUGAUUCCGGUGGCGAAUUACGAACCGAUCAUUCAUUAGUGGUGUCGACGUCGUCAGGAAUAGCAGAAUCUGAAGCGACGGUGAGGAAACGCACUAAUAGCCUGAAUGAUUCCGAAGAGGGUAGUCCAGAGCCGGGCUCGCAGAGCCCAACGCACACUCCACCAUUGACACCCGCCUUGACACCGCAAAGGGAGGACACUCCGGCACCAGAAAAUCUCAGCUUACGCAAAAGUGGUAGUCCUCCGCAGACGCAACAGACUUUGCAACCGGUAGAUUUGGUUCAACCUAGGCCUAGUCCCCCACUACCCCCGUUAGCUGCCGCGACGACAGUGCACUUUCCUCCUUAUGCUCCUCUCUAUGGGCCUACGGCGAGUUCGCUAGCGUAUUGCUCGCCAGCGCUCUAUCAGCACCAGCAUCAUCACCACAUCCCUGAAUCGCGGGAAAUUCAGAUGCAGAUGCAAAUGCAAAAUAUUCAGCAGACUUGUGGACUGCAGCUACAGCAGCAGCAGCAACAACAGCAGCAGCAGCAACAACAACAACAACGUUCACCGGUAGAUGUUCUACUCCGUGUAUUUCCCGGAAGACGUCGCGCCGAUGUCGAAGCGCUUCUUCAUCGUUGCAAAGGCGACGUGGUGUCCGCCAUGGAGGUACUGGUCUGCGAGGACAGUCUGCAGCCCAAAUCGGCGUUUUCGCCGCUGGCGGGCGCCUUGGCAUCGGCCGCCGUGGCGUCCGCUGCAUCCGUCUCGGCAGCGGCUUACGCCAGCCGCACUGCGUACUGCACCACCCCGAUACCGUCGACGCGGCACCGGUUCCUGGCCGCGCCUUACACUGGUACCGGUUACCUGCCCACCGUCAUCAAACCGCCCAACCAGAGUCUACAUGCCAAUGGUACUGGCGACGCCUAUCGGGAAACCAGUCCCGAUGAUGCCAGCGAUAAGACCAGUUACUCCGAGUGACCUGACGAAAAUUACGCCGUUGCCUGGUCGUAUUCUUCAAUAAUCCCCUAAUCAACUCUGUUUAGUUUGUGCAUCCUUUGCUCAUUCUAA